CAUAUAAAUCGAGGUAAAGACUACCAAGCCAAGGUGAAGAAAUGGGCUGAUCGUGAGAUCACUGAUGAAGAACGAGAAGCGAUUCCGGAUCGUGACGAUGCCGUGUUUGAUUGUAAUCUGAUCGAUCAUUUGGAACCAUGCGCUGUCGAAGCAUACGAGUUGCUAGCAUGCAGUCAAGCAGUACCACGGCCUGGACGGAACAGGGAGCUCGCAUUGCAUCUGCUCAUGGAAAACAAGGGCAAUAUCCAGGCAGCCGUCAUGGACUUGAUGCGUUCAGAUACACUGGAUUGGGAGCAGUACCCGAUCAUCUACAACAAUAUCUACAAUGAUACUGAUCCAUGGACACCUGAGGAUGUGCAAUCCUUUCAGGAUGCCAUCUAUAAAAGCGAAAAAGAUUUUCAUCAAGUCGCACGCGAUCUCGGCAAUAAGACCGUAAAACAAUGUGUUGAGUUCUAUUAUAUGUGGAAGAAAGCAUGUCCGGAUGAUUAUCGUAAGCUGAGGAAUUUGAGACGGAAGCGACAGUUGCUUGAGAUGCAUCAACAGAUGGAACCCGGUGAAUCGUACAAUCUUCGGUCAUCGGCCAGGAAUGCAGACGGCGAAGAGGGUUCCGAGACAUCCGAGGCCGAAUCUGAUGCCACCUACCCUUCGUAUGCUACUGAUCAAGAUCAAGUGCUCCAAGAUGAAAGGUUGGAUAAAGGUGGUGUGUUGAACUUAGCCGCUGAGAAUAUAGUGCCGACGGGAACACAACAACAACGGAAAACAUCCGCAACGAUGCGUCUCCACGACGGUGCAAACGACUCGGCAGCUGCAGUCAUAAAGCAACUGUCGCCGACCGUAAUCAGUGAAUCCCUAGCCACUCUGGCUCAACAACAAAGCUGCUUAUCGCAACGGACCUCAACUCACCAUCAUCAUCAUGCUACCGUAAAUUUUGGUUUAUCAUGCCAGGCGACUGGCGAUUUUGAUUGUGUCUCUCAGUGCGAUAUUUCCAAUUCUGAACGAUUGUUUCAUAAAGUACGUCAAAAGUUAUUCGGUUUACGUAUUCGAUUAUGA